AUAUUAAAGACGACAUUUAAAUUUGUAGAGUUAAAAUAUCCUUGAGAACCCAACAAAAUGAGAGAGUUUUGUGAUACUCCGCUUUGGGAUUCAAACCUCACAUGGUACACGGAAAAUCCUAAGUUUACCAGCUGUUUCGAGGAAACAGUUCUAGUUUAUAUUCCUGUUUUUAUCCUUCUCCUGUUCAUUCCUGCUGAAAUUCAGGGAUUCAGAAACAGUUCAGCUCGUAACAUUCCCUGGGGACCUAGAAUAGUAUCAAGAUUGAUAUUGACUGGUCUCCUUUUGCUCCUUGUAUUCUCUGAGUUCCUACUAUCCGUUAUAAACGGAGAUAAAAUUACAGAUUUAGCGGGGAAAGUGAGUCCUGUAAUCAGCUUGCUAGGACUGAUAACUAGUUUUAUUCUUAUUUUCCUUAGCAGAAAGUUUGGUAAAAUAACGUCUAUAUUGCAGUUUUUCUACUGGCUCUUCUACUGUAUAUGCCAAGCACUAAGAAUUACAAGUUCUGCUCUGGACGGAUCCCGUGCUCCAGGUCUCCUACCCCUCCUAGAGCUAACUACAGGGAUACUCAUCUUCAUCCUCAACCUUGUUGCAGAUCCAGCUCCAGCUUAUACACAGCUUGGAAGUGAAACUGAAAACCCAAGUCCCUCAAAUUCUGCUUCUUUACCAGGAAUUAUGGAACUGCUUAAAUCUAGGGAAAUAUUUUUAGAUCCUGUGCCCGCUUUAUCAAUCCUUUUCUUAAUAAUCCCUAAUUGUAGUUGGUUCGAUCCCUUCGUUGUCUCCGGGUGGAGUAAACCCCUGGUUCAAGAGGAUCUAUGGAGCCUGGAUCCCGAGUAUACCUACUCAGGGAUUAUGCACAAGUGGGAGGAUGCUACAUCACAUCAAACAGAGAAAGAAAUUUCUGUUCUUCGUCCACUUUUUAAAUGUUUUGGAGUUCCUCUACUCAUCGGAGCCUUGUAUCAGCUGGUUUAUAUAGGUCUCGUCUUCGUUAAUCCACAGAUUCUAAACCUCGUCAUUCAGUUUGUAGAAGAGGGACAGGAGAUGUGGAAAGGAUAUCUUUAUGUUGUUGUUCUAGGAAUCACUUCAUUUCUCUCAGGUAUAUUUGACAGCAGUUACUGGAACUCUAUGAGACUGCAGAGUAUGCGGGUACAGACUGCUCUAUCCGCAGCGGUUUAUAAGAAAGCUCUAGUUCUCUCUGCUACCGGGAGAAAGGAUUAUACUUCAGGAGAGAUUGUUAAUCUGAUAGCGGUAGAUUGUAGCAAGGUUCAAGAAUCAGUAAUGUUUAUAACCUUUAUGUUCACAACUCCCCUGCAGAUUGUUCUAGCCGUAUAUUUUCUAUGGAGCUAUCUUAAUUACUCAAUCCUUAUAGGAAUAGCUGCUGUGGUUUUGCUUAUGCCUUUGAAUACAUUCGCUUGGAGCGUAAUGGAGAAGUAUCAGAAAAUACAAAUGAACCAAAAAGAUAUUAGAGUGAAUUUAGUAAAUGAAAUUCUAAAUGCUAUUAAAGUGUUAAAGCUUUAUGCUUGGGAGAAAUCAUUCAUUGAUCAGAUUUCAGAAAUACGACUCAAGGAGGUUUCUGCACUGAGGACUUUUCAAUAUAUAGAAGGAACUCAAUAUCUUAUGUGGAAUACGGCUCCCGUUCUCCUGGCAUUGGUGUCAUUUGCUGCAUUUGUCCUGGUUGAUCCGGUAAACAAUAUACUUGAUGCUCAAACAGCAUUUGUUUCCUUGACCCUGUUCAAUACAUUACGUGAACCAUUAUUCAUGCUUCCUUUUGGUAUUGUAAACCUUAUUCAAGGAAUGGUGUCAAUCAAGCGAAUUAAUAAGUAUCUAAAUGCAGAAGAGAUUGAUCCUGAAACGGUAACCCAUGAAGAACAGAAAGAUCCAAUAGUUUUAAAGGACGCUUCCUUGACUUGGGACUUGACAGCUGAAAAGAACACCUUGACAAACCUUACUUUCAAUAUUAAAGAAGGAAGCCUUGUUGCUGUGGUUGGUUCAGUGGGUACAGGAAAAUCAUCACUUCUCUCUGGUUUGCUUGGAGAAAUGUACAAAGUCCAUGGAACAAUUAAUACAUUUGGAACUAUUGCAUAUGUGUCCCAACAAGCUUGGAUUAGAAACGCUACAGUUCAGAAUAAUAUUCUUUUCAACAAACCAUAUUCAAAAAAACUCUAUGAAAAAGUGAUAGAAAACUGUGCAUUGGAAACUGAUCUUGCAAUGCUAACCAACGGUGAUUCAACUGAAAUAGGGGAGAAAGGUAUAAAUCUGAGCGGAGGUCAGAAACAAAGAAUUAACCUGGCAAGGGCUGUUUAUUCAAACAGGGAUAUUUAUUUGUUUGACGAUCCUUUGUCAGCAGUUGAUGCUCAUGUUGGAAAACAUCUAUUUGAAAAGGUUAUUGGGCCUCAAGGUAUGCUUCAGAAAAAAACUAGAGUUUUAGUGACCCAUGGAAUAGGAUUUCUUCCUCAGGUUGAUGUCAUCUUAGUAAUGAAAGAUGGAAAAAUAUCAGAAAUGGGCUCCUAUGAAAGCCUUAUAGAUAAGAAAGGAGACUUUUCAGACUUUAUGCGUGACCAGAUGCAAAAGCAAGAAGAUAUAAAUGAUGAAUCUGACACAGAGCAUUCAAAGAUCAUUGCGAAGAAAAAAACAGCCAAUGAGUAUCAAAGAACAAUGUCAUCAAUUUCUUCAGAGACUGAGUACACUGGUAUUUUAUCUAAAAGAAAAAAUGAAGAAGGAGCUGAUAAUCUCAUUGAGGAUGAAUAUGUAGAAACUGAAAGUGUAGAUAUUGGUAUUUAUUCCUACUAUUUCAAAUCAGCAGGGUUAAAAUAUGGACUUUUAAGUGUACUAGCUUAUUUAUUUUUCCAUGGUAGUUUGAUUGGAGCAAACUUCUGGUUAGCUAUAUGGGCUGAUGACGAAAGCAGUACAUAUGAUGCAUCUGUGAGAAAUAAAUAUCUAAUAGUAUAUGCAGUUCUGGGAGCUUCACAAUCCAUAUUUGUAUUUCUGGCAGUUAUAUCACUUACAAUUGCUUCUAUAAAUGCAUCAAUUAAACUCCAUGAUGAAAUGCUGAAGAAUGUUCUGAGAUCACCGAUGGCAUUCUUUGACACUACGCCUCUGGGCAGAAUUGUAAACAGGUUUUCAAAAGACAUUGAUGAAGUGGAUAUCAUGUUACCUAUGCAUGUCAAAGAUGUUAUAUAUCAAUUUCUUGCUGUGAUGGGAGUUAUUCUAGUAAUAUCCAUUAUUCAACCUAUAAUUAUUACAGCCAUUGUGCCUUUAGUUCUUGUAUUUCUUCUUGUGCAAAGCUUCUAUCUUAAGACUUCCAGACAGUUGAAAAGGCUAAUGUCUAUUAAUCGCUCACCUAUAAAUAGCCACUUAGACGAGACUCUUAGUGGAGCGGCAACAAUCAGAGCUUUUGGUUUCCAGGACAACUUCGAGAAAGAAAAUGAAGAUUACAUUGAUCAAAAACAAAUGAGUCAAUAUCCUGAGAUUAUAUCUAACACAUGGUUGUUUCUUCGUCUACAAGUUAUUGGCAAUCUUCUAAUUAUCCUUGCUGCUCUAACCACAGUAAUUAAUCGUGAUACAGUGGAUUCUGGAUUAGCAGGCCUGGUCUUAACAUAUGCAUUGACAUGUCAAAUUGAUAUUUACAUGCUUGUCAGAUUCACAGCUGAUCUUGAGAAAUCUAUUGUCAGUGUUGAGAGAAUAAAAGAGUAUCAAGAGACUCCUCAAGAAGCUGCAACUGAAUCUAAUUUUGAUCCUGAUUUUACCUGGCCUAGUCAAGGAAUAAUUAAGUUUGAAUCCUUCUCUGCCAGAUACAGACCAGGUCUGGAUUUGGUCAUUUCUGAUAUCAAUUGCGAAAUUAAAAGCAAGGAGAAAAUAGGCAUUGUUGGCAGAACUGGUGCAGGAAAAUCUUCUGUUACACUCUCUCUCUUCAGGAUUAUUGAGGCAGCAAAUGGUGGAAUUACAAUUGAUGGUAUUGAUAUCAGCCAACUAGGAUUAACCAAACUGAGAUCAGGAUUAACAAUUAUUCCACAGGAUCCAGUUCUUUUCUCUGGAACCUUGAGGUUCAAUCUGGACCCUUUCAACAAGCAUUCUGAUAGAGAACUUUGGAGAGCACUGGAACUUUCAAAACUAUCUCCAACUGUAAAGACUUUGGAAGGAGGGCUAGAUCAUAAGAUUGCAGAGGGGGGAAUCAAUCUUUCUGUUGGACAACGGCAACUCCUUUGUCUUGUAAGAGCCCUUCUCCGAAAGACAAAGAUCUUAGUGUUGGAUGAAGCUACCGCAGCAAUUGAUCUGGAGACCGAUGACCUAAUUCAGAAGACCAUUCGGGAGGAAUUCAAUGACUGCACAGUGCUCACGAUUGCUCACAGAAUUCAAACUAUCAUGGACAGUGACAGGGUGAUGGUGAUGGAUAAGGGCCAAAUCAAAGAGUUUAAAUCUCCAAGCCAACUGUUAAAGGACAAAAGCUCUAUUUUCUUUUCUCUUGCACAAGAAGCCGGUUUAGUAAAUUGAUCAUUUUAUAGCAACAUUAUUAACAGCUGAUGAUUAUUGCCAAACAGAAAAAAAUACUAAUUGUAGUUAAAUAUGUUUUUUAUAUAAAACAUGAUAUCAUUUAUUGUUAAUCUUGGAUCUUUUUUAACUAAAAAGUAAAAAUGGAAUUUACAAUAUCUCUGUAUCUUUCCUUUACUGCAUCACUAAAAUAUCUCCUUUAUCCCCUGGUAUAUCCUCCUGUAUCCUUGUAAUAUAUCUCCCUAUCUGACCCUGUAUUCCGUGGUAUAUCCCCCUGCAUCCCAUGGUAUAUCUUCCUGUAUCCUUGUAAUAUAUCUCCCUAUCUAACCCUGUAUCCCCUGGUAUAUCCCCCUGUAUCCUUGUAAUAUAUGUCCCUAUCUAACCUUUUAUUCCGUGGGAUAUCCCCCUGUAUCCCAUGGUAUAUCCUCCUGUAUCCUUGUAAUAUAUCUCCCUAACUAACCCUAUAUUCCGUGGGAUAUCUCCCUGUAUCCCAUGUUAUAUCCCCCUGUAUCCUUGUAAUAUAUCUCCCUAUCUAACCCUGUAUUCCGUGGUAUAUCCUCCUGUAUCCUUGUAAUUUAUCUCUCUAUCUAACCCUGUAUUCCGUGGUAUAUCACCCUUGUAUCCCAUAGUAUAUCCCCCACCAAGACAAUUUCCCAGUUUCUUAACUUCUAUGAUUAGACAGAGUUCUCUCCAUUGUUCUACUAAUCCGACCUAAUUAGAGAGAAAUUACAUUGCUCAUGUUACAACAUGUGACUAGGUAAUUUUUCUAGAUAUUAUAUUGUUCAUGUAACAACAUGUAAUUUUAUUAGAUCUCUACCAUGUUUAUUUACGAGAUAUUACAUUGUUUAUGUUA